UUCUUCUUCUCUAUCACACUUGGUCAAGAUGAUCCCAAUACUCUGCCUGGCCAUGCUGCUACCUUCAGUGGUCCACUCAGCACAGGGUCAAUUUGCCCACAAGCUGCUCAACGACUUAAUGGAGAACUAUUCCAGCGCCCUGCGGCCCGUGGAGGACACGGACCGAGCACUUAACGUCACUUUGCAGAUCACGCUCUCCCAGAUCAAAGAUAUGGAUGAGAGGAACCAGGUGUUGGUGGCCUACCUGUGGAUAAGACAGAGGUGGCAUGACGCUUACCUGACGUGGAAUAAAGAGGACUACGACGGACUGGAGAUCAUCCACAUCCCCAGCAACCUCGUAUGGAGGCCGGACCUUGUCCUCUAUAACAAGGCUGAUGAUGCCUUGUCUGGGCCCAUGGACACCAACGUGAGACUGCGCUACAAUGGAGAGAUCACCUGGGAUGCCCCCGCCAUCACCAAGAGCUCCUGCGUGGUGGACGUCUCCUACUUCCCCUUCGACAGCCAGCAAUGUAACCUCACCUUCGGAUCCUGGACCUACAAUGGAAACCAGGUGGACAUCUUUAUGGACAUGGACAGCGGCGACCUGUCCGACUUUGUGGAAAACGUGGAGUGGGAGUGCCACGGAAUGCCGGCCACCAAAAACGUCAUCAUGUACGGCUGUUGCUCCGACCCUUACCCCGACAUCACCUACACCGUGCUGCUGCAGCGCCGCUCCUCCUUCUACAUCUUCAACCUCCUCCUCCCGUGCUUCCUCAUCUCCUUCUUGGCUCCUCUAGGCUUCUACCUGCCUGCAGACUCUGGGGAGAAGGUUUCCCUGGGGGUGACUGUGCUCCUCGCUCUCACGGUGUUCCAGCUCAUGGUGGCCGAGAGUAUGCCUCCCUCAGAGAGUGUGCCUCUCAUAGGCAAGUACUACAUCGCCACCAUGACCAUGGUCACAGCCUCCACAUCUCUCACCAUCUUCAUCAUGAACAUCCACUUCUGUGGUCCCGAGGCCAAACCGGUCCCGCAUUGGGCCAAAGUCCUCAUCAUUGACUACAUGUCCAAGAUCUUCUGUGUGUACGAGGUGGGCGAGAACUGUGCCUCCUCCUCGUCUUCAUCUGCUCACCCGGUCCAGAAGGAUGGCGCUCACAAGUACUUGGGCCCUCAGAGUCAAGCCAACGGCCAAGCUGGUGGAGAGAAACCACAGGGCCAUAAGAGCCCCAGACCUCAGACCCCGAGACCGCAGCAACAUCCCGGAAUGAAGACUCAGCAGCACCACAUCACCAGAGCAGAGAGGAGUCUCUUCUCCACCUUCCCGCUCGGGAAGUACGAAAACUCCACCGGGAAGAUUCCAGCAGGGGACUGCUGCAAAGAAGACCGCAAGCUUCCUUGUUGCCCCGGUGACAAAACUCCUCUCUGCUGCCAAGAAGGCCAAAAACCUCCACCCCAAGGCUCCGUCGGAACGUUUGGCCCUUGUGUGUUCUGUCGCCACGGCAACGGCGACGCCAGGCUGGUGCGCAACGUGGAGUACAUCGCAAAUUGUUUCCGAGAGCAGAAGGCCACGUGCGCCAAGGGUGCCGAGUGGAAGAAGAUCGCUAAAGUGAUGGACAGGUUCUUCAUGUGGAUUUUCUUCAUCAUGGUGUUCCUCAUGAGCAUCCUCGUCAUCGGGAAGGCCCCAUGA